AUGAUCUCAACUUUUAUUGGCGUCGAUCAUAGAAAUUGGGACAUGCAUGUUCACGAGUUCCGCCACGCCGUGAACACAGCAACCCAAGCGGCAACGAAAACAUCUCCAGCGUUUUUGAACUAUGGGAGACAUCCGAAGCCAGUGAAGAGCCUGCGAAGAGAAAUAGAGAACAAGAGAGAAGUAGUUAGGAUAGAGCCGGAGGAUUGGGUAGACAGAAUUAAGAGAUUAGACGCGUUAAGAGACAUGGUAGCCAGACACAUUGAUAAAGAACGGGCGAGACAGACUAAGUAUUAUGAUAAAGGUAGGAGAGACGUGACUUUCAAAGUAGGUGAUUUAGUGUUGCGAAAGAGUCAUAAGUUAUCUAGCGGAACACAAAAAUUUGCGACAAAAUUAGCGCCGAAAUAUAAAGGUCCAUUUAAGAUCACCGAGAUCCGUUCACCAACUGUUUUCAUCUUACAAGAUGAUCAAAGCAGACGAGUCCCGAAAGUUCACAUCACCGACCUAAUACCAUACUUACCUAUCCCAAAGUUGUAA